GAUAAUUUCAAAAAUGUUUCAAAUUCCUGUGGAAAAUCUUGACAACAUCAGAAAGGUGCGGAAAAAGGUGAAAAGUAUUCUUGUGGAUAUUGGACUUGACAACUGCAAGGAGUUUCUGAAGGAUCUUAAAGGCUUUGAUCCAGGGGAGAAGUACUUUUAUAAUACAUCAUGGGGAGAUGUUUCUCUCUGGGAACCUUCUGGAAAGAAAGUGCCGUUAGUACCUUCAUCAUUAUCAAACUUAGCCCAUCCCAGAGGUGACUUAGCUGAUCCUCACUCCACCUUCUGGAUUUGUCAAUGUCAUGCUGGCCUUUGGAGUUUUUGCCUAAAGAGAUAUCGAACAAAGCCAUACUGUUGUGGCCUCUGUAAAUACUCUACAAAGGUGCUUACUUCUUUCAAAAAUCAUUUACAUCGUUACCACGAAGAUGAAAUUGACCAAGAACUGGUGAUCCCUUGCCCAAACUGUGUGUUUGCAUCUCAACCCAAAGUGGUGGGAAGGCACUUCAGAAUGUUCCACGCACCUGUUCGGAAAGUCCAGAACUACACAGUGAAUAUUUUAGGCGAGACUAAAUCAUCUAGGAGUGAUGUGAUAAGUUUUACGUGUUUAAAAUGUAACUUUUCAAAUACUCUGUACUACAGCAUGAAGAAGCAUGUGCUGGUAGCCCAUUUUCACUACUUAAUUAACUCCUACUUUGGUCUGCGAACUGAGGAAAUGGGUGAGCAACCAAAAACUAAUGACACUCACUCUGUGGAGAAGAUCCCACCAUCUGACAGAUAUUACUGUAAAAAAUGCAAUGCCAACGCCAGCAGCCAGGAUGCAUUAAUGUAUCAUAUUUUGACAUCGGAUAUACACAGAGAUUUGGAGAAUAAGCUUAGAUCUGUGAUUUCAGAACAUACCAAGAGGACUGGACUCUUGAAGCAAACACACAUUGCUCCAAAACCAGCGGCGCAAUUGGCCAUGCCACCCAACGGCAGUGCCCCCAACCUUCCAGCCCCACCUCCACGCUUUCAUCUUGCUUUGCCCCAGAACAAUGCCAGCCCAGCUGCAGUACAGCCAGUGACUGUGGCCCAGGCUGCUCCUGGGAGUCUCACUCAUUCCCCACCUGCUGCUGCUCAGUCCCACAUGGCUCUGGUCUCCAGCCCUUUGCCUGUGGGCCAGAACAGCCUCACCCUGCAACCCUCCGCACCUCAGCCCGUCUUUCUUUCUCACGGGGUCCCGCUUCAUCAGUCCGUGAAUCCUCCAGUGUUGCCCUUGAGUCAGCCAGUUGGACCUAUCAAUAAGUCUGUUGGAACUAGUGUCCUUCCCAUAAAUCAGACUGUCCGCCCUGGAGUUUUACCCCUUACCCAGCCUGUGGGGUCCAUAAACAGACCCAUUGGGCCCGGUGUCCUUCCAGUGAGUCCCUCUGUCACCCCUGGGGUCCUACAGGCUGUCUCACCAGGGGUGAUUUCUGUGAGUCGGGCGGUCCCGUCAGGGGUUCUUCCUGCAGGCCAGGUGACCCCUGCUGGGGUUAUCCCUGGACAGACAGCAACUUCUGGAGUUCUCCCUCCUGGGCAGAUGGUCCAAUCAGGGGUUCUCCCUGUUGGCCAGACAGCCCCCUCACGGGUUCUUCCCUCUGGCCAAACGGCCCCAUUGAGGGUUCUCCCUGCAGGCCAGGUGGUUCCAUCUGGGCUUCUUUCUCCCAACCAGACGGUCUCCUCAGGUGUUGUCCCUGUGAACCAGAGUGUGAAUUCUGGUGUUCUUCAGCUCAGCCAGCCCGUUGUGUCAGGAGUUCUUCCUAUGGGCCAGCCAGUGAGGCCUGGGGUCCUGCAACUCAAUCAGCCUGUUGGCACCAACAUUCUGCCUGUGAACCAACCAGUUAGACCUGGUGCUUCACAGAACACCACUUUCCUCACAUCAGGCUCUAUUCUUAGACAGCUCAUCCCUACAGGGAAACAGGUGAAUGGGAUUCCAACCUACACGCUGGCUCCAGUGUCUGUCACUCUGCCGGUGCCCCCUGGAGGUGUUGCAACCGUCGCCCCACCCCAGGUGCCUAUCCAGCUCCUGUCAUCAGGCACAGCUGCACCAAUGGCUGGCUCUGUGCCCAGCAUGGCCUCUCCUCCAGUGCUGGUGAAUGCUGCACAGAGCGUGUUUGUUCAGGCCUCCUCGUCUGCUCCAGACACGAACCAGGCACUCAAACAGGCCAAGCAGUGGAAGACCUGUCCAGUGUGCAAUGAGCUCUUUCCAUCCAACGUCUACCAGGUCCAUAUGCAGGUGGCUCAUAAGCACAGUGAGGUCAAGGCUGGUGAGAAGCUUGAGCCCGAGAAGCUGGCAGCAUGCGCACCAUUUCUAAAGUGGAUGAGAGAGAAAACAGUGCGGUGUCUCUCCUGUAAGUGCUUGGUCUCCGAGGAGGAGCUUAUACAUCACUUGCUGAUGCAUGGCUUGGGCUGCUUGUUCUGUCCAUGCACGUUCCAUGACAUCAAAGGUCUUUCGGAGCAUAGCAGGACUAGGCAUCUAGGGAAGAAGAAGGUUCCUGUGGAUUAUAGCAACAGAGGUUUUCAGUUAGAUGUCGAUGCCAAUGGCAACCUGCUCUUUCCCCACCUUGAUUUCAUUACUAUAUUGCCAAAGGAGGAGCUUGGCGAGCGCGAGGUCUACUUGGCGAUCCUUGCUGGGAUUCACUCCAAGUCGCUCGUGCCUGUGUAUGUGAAGGUGAGGCCUCCAGCAGAGAGCGCCCCCAGCAACCCUGGUGCCCCCGGCAACCCCAAUAACCCCAGCAGGCAGGUAUCAACCUGCCCUUUUUGCUUUGGCACCUUUGUGACAACCGAAGCAUAUGAGCUGCACUUGAAAGAGAGGCACCACAUUAUGCCAACAGUCCACACCAUCCUGAAGUCUCCAGCUUUCAAGUGCAUCCACUGCUGUGGGGUCUAUACUGGAAAUAUGACCCUGGCCGCCAUCGCUGUCCAUUUGGUACGCUGCAGAAGUGCUCCGAAGGAUAGCAAGUCAGACCUACAAACCCAACCUGACAUUAUUGAGAACAGUGAGCUGCUGUUAGUCAGUAGUGAAGUGAUACAAGAGUCCAGCUUUUCUGUAAAGAGAAAGCUGCCUGAUGGCGAUGUUGCGUCUGAGGACCAGAGGGCUGGGGAAGAGCCACCUAUCAUUCUAAAUGCCGACAUGGCUCCAGGACCAGAAAAAGUAAUGAGUGCUGUGCCUUUUAAAAGACAGAGGAAUGAAAGCAGGACAGAGGGACCGAUUGUCAAUGAGGACGCUCUUCAGAUUUUAGCAUUAGAUCCUAAAAAAUAUGAAGACCGUUCUUAUGAAGAAAAAAAGCAGUUUCUUAGAGAUUAUUUUCAUAAGAGACCGUAUCCUAGUAAAAAGGAAAUAGAACUGUUAUCCUCACUCUUAUGGGUAUGGAAAAUUGAUGUAGCUUCAUUUUUUGGAAAAAGAAGGUAUAUUUGCAUGAAAGCAAUAAAAAACCAGAAGCCUUCUGUACUUUUAGGCUUUGAUAUGUCUGAACUUAAAAAUGUUAAACACAGGUUGAACUUUGAGUAUGAAACACAAAACUUGUAAAAAAAGUUAAUCUAAAAUACUAGGUAAUAGUUUUUUCAAUUGAAAUUUUUAAAAAUGUGUUUUUCACUGUGUUGAAUUUAUCAAUUUCAGUGGUCUUUAUGCUGCUCUUUAGAUUUAUUUCAGGUGCUCAGAAAGACUUCUAUUGGAAGGAAGCAAGUGGUUCUUUCAGAUUUAUUAUUUCCUGCUGUUUGAUUUGUAACAAUUACUUUAUUUUUUCCUGUGUCAUGUAAAUUGAAUCUUUUGAUAUGUCAUGCACGCCUUGUUUUCCCCAGUAGUAUCAGUAUCAUAAGAUAAAAAACAGAAAUCUACAAAUAUUUUUUUCAUUUAAGGAAAUUUCAGCCUGUUUCAGAAUACUUGAUUAACUGUGAGUUAAAGCACCGAUUUUCCCUCAGCUUUACAUGUAGCAGCAAAUGAUACAGUAACUAUUAAGAGACGUGGGUACAAACCCUGUGAUGUGUUUGGCUUCUUCAGGGUGUACUGCAUUAACUUAAGCUGAUUUCUUCUUUGUGAGCUCUGUGCUUAUUAGAUUAUAAUUUUGAUCUACAUUUUUUCCAGCUUUAUGCUAAAGCUUUUUUUUUUUUAAAUCUUAACUCAGAAAACCAAAUAUUUUCACUUGUUCAAAAUAUACUGAAUCUGAAGUCUGGUAUGUAGUUCAUAAAUCAAGAGUUAUUUUUAAAAUAAAGUAAUUCUGUAGGUGCAGAAAUACUUUUCAGUGUAGACUUUCCCCCAUUUGAUAUGCUGAUAAGUAAUUUCUCCAUUCAAAGAUAAAACAAUAAAUCUUUAGUGCCUUUAGAAUAAACGUUGAGAAAACACACCCAAGACUCUUCUAACUGCUCAUAACCUAGUGAAAGGAAAGGACUGUGAUACUCAGAAAUAAAGUUAUUGCACCUGAGUGUGGAUACUAUCUUAAAUUACAGCAUAGAUUUUCAGGGGACAGGGUGAAAUGAGCAGACCAGGACCUAAGUCGCGAUGGUUAGCGUACUAUGUCUUUGACCAAGUUUCCUGGAGGUCACAUUGAAUGGGAGAACAGGUGUUUCUCUAGCCCAGCUGCUCAGCUGGAAGGGAUGAUGUAUUACUAAAAACUCUCUAUUGUUGUCACUGUCCUUUGGAUGUUAAAUCUUGUUUUUCCCCAUACAAUAUAAAAUAACUUAAAGCACCAGGACCAGAAAUGGAGACCAGUCAGUUUAGAUGGUACGUCAUAUUGCUGGUAGCACACAGCAGAGAAACUGUCCAACAUACCUUUAGGUAGAAAUAUUUGGAGCCUCUGAGAAAUAAUAAUGUGUAUGGGUUUUUAAAAAUACAAUAUUUGCAUGUAAUUGCUAUAAUGUGCAUAUUUGAGGCACUUGUGAAACUGGUCUGUGAUUGUUGGUGUACUCUGUUGUAAAUUCAAAAAGAGAGCUUGUUGAACUUUAUUAUUAUUUUUUACCUGUUGUUUUCAGAGUGUCUAUUUUGAAUUAAAAUUUGUUACACCGUUGCAAA